CGUUCGAUACAAAGACAGUGAAACGUCAGCAGGCCCCACCUCUGCUUCAGUCAGUCAGAGAGAUUCAAAUGACAUGUUAAAUGACAUGAGGAUCCACUUCUGCUUCAGAUCUCUCUGCUGCAUGCGCCUGCCUUAUUAUAUGACAAACAAUAGUGCAGAAGUGAGAAUUUUGAGCAAUAUCACCUGAAACUAUUUAUUUUAUAUUGUUUAGAUUAGUGUCCACAGAAUGAAAAGCGUCGUGACGGUGUGCUGUCUGAGUUUUUUGCUGGGUCUUGUGGCUUUAGUUGAGACUGAUGAAGACUACACUGAGGAUGAAGAGAUGAUCCUGUCUCUAAUUCUGCAGGAUGACACCCAGCCUGAAGCAGAGAGCAGGCCAUCCGCCCAGUUUUACAGGUGCACUAAGGACGCAUGGCGCAUGCCGGGUCAGUAUAUAGUGGUGAUGCGGAAAGGAACGCACGUGAACCAGGUGGAGCGCACCGCGCGCAGACUCCGAGCAAAAGCAGCCAAACGCGGAUAUCUGAUCGAAAUACUGCAGACUUAUUCGGGAGCUUUCCACGGGUUUCUGGUGAAAAUGAGCAGCGAUGUUCUCCACAUGGCAGUAAAGCUGCCCCAUGUGGAAUACAUUGAAGAGGAUUCUUCCAUUUUUGCCCAGAGCAUCCCAUGGAACCUGCAGCGCAUCCUUCAAAACAAACAUGAGAGUGGAAAAUACUCACCACCCAAUGACGGAGCAAAGGUGGGAGUGUAUCUUUUGGACACAAGCGUUCAAGUGACUCAUCGUGAGAUUGAGGACAGGGUGAUGGUGACGGACUUCAACAGUGUGCCAGAGGAGGAUGGGGUCAGAGUUCACAGACAGACUAGUCAGUGUGACAGUCACGGCACACACAUAGCAGGUGUGGUCAGUGGACGGGACUCGGGUGUAGCUCGAGGUGCCAGUGUAAACAGUGUCCGAGUGUUAAACUGCCAAGGCAAGGGUACUGUGUCAGGAGCUUUGGCAGGUCUGGAGUAUAUCCAGUCAUCUCUGAUGUCUCAGCCUAUCAGACCUGUGAUUGUACUGCUGCCAUUUGUAGGGGGAUUUAGUCGUACACUCAACGCUGCCUGCAGGAAAAUGGUGGAAUCUGGCACAGUGCUUAUUGCUGCAGCUGGUAACUACAACGAUGAUGCUUGUCUGUACUCACCAGCCUCAGAGCCAGAGGUGAUAACAGUAGGGGCCGUUAAUUUUGCUGACCAGCCCUUGAGCACUGGGACGACAGGCACCAAUGUGGGCCGCUGCGUGGAUGUGUUCGCACCUGGUGAUGACAUCAUCAGUGCUUCCAGCGAUUGCUCCACCUGCUUCACCACCAAGAGCGGAACAUCACAAGCAGCAGCACAUGUUGCUGGUAUAGCAGCUGUGCUUCUAAAUCUGAGUCCAAACUCCAGCUCUGCUGAGCUUCUGCAGCAGCUCCUCCAUCAUUCAGUCAGACAGGUCAUUAACCCAGAGUCUCUGCCACUGAACCACCGUCUCACUACACCCAACAUGGUGGCCGCCCUGCCCGACUCGACUUCCACACUCAUAGGAGAGGAUCUGCUCUGUAGAUCCGUUUGGUCUGAGAGGUCAGCUGUUAAAGGUUUGGCCACAACUACAGCCCGCUGUCGCCACGGUGAAGAGAUGCUGAGCUGCUCCAGUUUCUCACAAAAUGGAGCAAGAGCUGGAGAAAGAGUGGAGGAGAGAGAUGGGCAGAAAGAGUGUGUUGCUGUCAAUGGGAAUGGAGGGCAUGGUGUGUUCGCUGUAGCGCGCUGCUGCACAGGCCAUAAAGCUCAGUGCCAGAUGUUAGAGAGUCCCAAGAGAGGCGAGGAUGCAGAAUGUCCUCCAGACUACCAGCUGACAGGCUGCAGUUCUUCCUCUUCAUCUGGCCAUGUAUCAGACUCUGAUCUACCUCUACAUGGCAGCCGUAGGGCAUGUCCUGCUAAAAGGGGUGAAAUGUCAUACGCAUCCUGCUGCCACACAUCCUCUCUGGAGUGCCGGCUGAUAGAACACAACCCCACAGGUCUCAGCGAGCAGGUGGAGGUUUCAUGUGAGGACUCGUGGACACUGACAGGCUGUCAGGGUCUGUCGGAUGGUUCUGGUGUUCGCGGGGCAUUUGCUUUGGGAAACACCUGUGUAGUUCACACGUCUGGAGGAGAUAAAGGGGCUGCUGCCAUCGCCACCUGCUGCAGGCACCGCCCAUCCCACCAGCUGUCUGACCACUGAGGGAUAUGCGUUACUCUUUUGUCACUUCUCUAAAUACGUAGCCAUGAAUAUGACUUCUAUAACACAUAUAAUAGUAGGAGGUGUUACACAAGUGAGAUCAGUCCUGUCACGUUGCAAUAUUACGUGACAGAAAAGUGCAUUGUAACCAGUUCUGGAUAUAAGCAUAUCUAAUCUAGACACUCAACAAGUGGCACUAUAAGAGUUAAACCACUUUGAAAGGCCUUUAAACCGCGAAACAUGCAUCAGUGUAUUAAUAUUAGAAUUCUGAUAAUUAUAUUCGUUAUGGCUAUGAAAAUUCUAUACUACUUUAAAUAAUAAUAAUAAAAAACACUAAAAAUUUUAAUCAAUUUAAUUUUGAGAUUUGCUAAAAAUUACAUUUGACAGUGGUAAAGCCAGCAUUUGAUGACAGCUAAUGACAGCUGUGUGUAUGAAAUAUACAAUAUAAGCCAAUAUAUUUAAAAUAAGUUCCAAUACUUUGACUGUACUUAAACCAGCACUUUUCAUUUAGAUAUUUACACAUAUUCUGAAUUAAAAAAAGAGAUCUAUUUUCACUAUUUUUGGCAAGCGCGUUAUCUACUAUUAUGCAUGUGCACUGUGUAUAAGAGUGUACUUCUUUUUAUAAAUGUAUAUUUUUAUAUUACAAACUUUGACAACUUCAUGUAAUGGUCUAAAAUCAGCUUGACACGUACAAAAUCACACAGUCUGAAAAGUUGUGCAUUCCAGUUUUUCCUUUUUUAUAUCAAAUGUUUUCAUUGUCAAACUCUGAUGUACAAAUUAAAAUGUGGUUUUAACAUGCA